AUGAAGGCCUUUGAUGAUGUUGCCUGGGAAACAAUUACUGAUAUGACAAAGGAAUGGUUAGAGCUUCUGGAAUACGAUAUGGUGAUCUAUAGAGAUGUGGGAAUCUUUCUUUCUGCACAAUAUAGCUCUCUUCAGUGGACAGACUUCGGUUACUGCAACGCAGGCACUUUCAAUGCCGUUUUUCGGAUGCGGUUCGCUAACGAGUACAGCGCUAUUAUACGGUUCCCACUACCUGCAGCUACCAUGUUUCCCGAGGAGAAAGUCCGCAAUGAGGUUUCUGUCAUGCAAUUCCUCUUAAACAAAAUUCCAAUCCCAGUGCCUCGGAUCUUUUGCUGGGGAAAGAGACAAGAGAGUCCCUCAUAUUUGGGUCCUUUCAUCAUUAUGGACUUUAUCGACCACAAGCAAAGCAUGUCUGAUUUUCUCAAUACGCCGAGACGCCAACCAGACCAACUCCCAGUCCUCAAUCCGGAUCUUGACCUUGGCAAGCUAGGGAAUCUCUACAGACAACUAGGCAAUAUCAUCCUGUCGCUCUCUACCCUUUCUUUUAGCAAGAUAGGAUCUCUGGAUCAGAAAGAAGGUGUAUGGGAAGUGUUACAUCGGCCUCUAUCAUAUUCUAUGAACGAGAUUGUGUCACUGGGGACGCUCCCCCGAUCGAAACUACCAACCACCACAUACAACAAAGCGUCGUUAUAUUUUGAAGCCUUGGCGGAGCUUCAUAUCACACACCUGCGAAGCCAAAGGAAUGAGGCAAAUAUCGAAGCGAAUAUCGAGCUGAAUACUUUAGCGGAUGACUACCGACGGCAAUUUGUUGCUAGAUUCCUCUUUCGGAAAAUUGCUUGUGACCAGGGGCAGAGAGAAAAAUGGAUACUUCAUGAGAAUGGCCCAUUCCCACUUUGGUGUGACGACCUUCGACCAGGAAAUUUUCUUGUCAAUGAAGCUGGGAUUAUCGUCGGGGUAGUGGAUUGGGAGUACACAUAUACAGCCCCAGUCGAAUUUAACUAUGCGCCGCCUUGGUGGCUUCUUCUCUGCAAGCCUGAAUCCUGGGACAGAGGCCUUGAUGACUGGUGUACAGAGUAUACCAAAGCACUUCAGACAUUCCUGGAAGCAAUGAAGCAAUGCGAGGACGAGUUAGUCCGCAACGGAAAGCUAAGAGACGGCCAGCGGCUCUCUAGUCAGAUGCGGGAUAGUUGGCAGAGUGGUGACUUUUGGAUCAUGUAUGCUGCUAGGAACAAUUUCGCAUUCGAUGCGAUAUACUGGAAAAAAAUCGAUCAGCGAUUCUUUGGACCAGCUGCAUGCGAUGACCAAGAUGUUUGGAAGGAGAGACUUCAUCUUUUGGAGCCGGGAGAUGUGGAGCUGAUCGAGGAAUAUGUGAAACUGAAGCUUGACGAGAAGAAAGAAGAGAAGUCAGAAAGGAUCCUCGCAUGGGACGCAGAUGAGUAUACCUUGGGAUGGGUUAAAAAGUUGCCGGAGAUGCAGAGAGAGAGGCAUGAAAGACAGGAGAGAGAAAAGGAGGAAGCAGGAAGUGAUUGA